CCCAGUCUUAACAACUUACGUCCAAAGUUGUUUCACCUCGUCAAGAGCAGAUGUUUUCUGAUAUAAGCGGAAUGAAUAUUAGGGUGGCGUUCAUCCUCGUGCAUCAGACGCUGGAUUCUGGCAUUGAUAGCGAGCCAUGGACGAAGCUCACAAAUUGAAGGCGUCUCAAUCUAUUAGCCCGAAACGGAAAGUUCGACAAAAGACGUUUACCGGCUGCUGGACCUGCAGGUCUCGCAAAGUAAAGUGCGAUGAAGGUGUUCCCGCCUGUAACACGUGCAUAAAAAGAGGCGAUCGAUGCAGUGGAUAUGAGCCUAUCUACAUAUGGGUGAAAGGGUAUCAGGACUAUCCACCUGGAAGGCGUCGUGUUCUCCGGUCAGAUCUCACAUGGCGCGGACACCGGAUUCAUCAGCCCAUCGAGGUAGAUAGUCUGAUCGCUCAAUGCAAUGUCGAAAACCAUGAUGAAGCAGAAGAAAUUGAAAAGUCAGCCGGUCCUUUCACGGUAUUCUGUGCUCCUAAUGUAAUACCACUGUCUCUUUCGGAAGUACCAAAUGCUUCACAUGGCAACUUCAGACUAGUAAAAGAGCUAUGUCAUCACUACUUCACAUACACGGCACUGAAUAUGAUGCCAUUCAAGGACAAACGAAAUCCAUGGCGAUCCUUCUAUCCUCGAAUGGCUCGGCAAGGCUCCAGUCGAGGACAAAAGUCUUUGUACUAUGCCAUCCUUGCUCAGGCAGCUGGUAAUUUGGCGCACCUUGGGUCUCGACGGGAGGAAAUGUUGCGUUUAGCAACACAGUUCUAUUCUGAUGGAGUCAAGCAUCUGAGAACAAGUCUUGGGGAUAUGGACUUCAGUGCCGUUAUAGCAAGUAUUGUAACACUGAUCAUGGCCGAGGUAUAUGCUGGAUUAACAACCUCUUGGAAGGUGCAUCUGAACGGCGCAUGGAAUUUUCUCAUGACGUGUAGUGAUGAGAAACCAUGGGCGAUUUCCGAAGAGGCAUGGAUCACAGCGCAAAGUUUAUGCCUGGUCAAGAUCCGGGCCGAUACUAUGCAAGAAAUUCACUUGCGAAGUACUAAGGAUGAUGAGACAAUGAGAUCUCUACUUUCCUUGAUAGCAUAUCGAGACGACUUCGGCUUCACUGCUGGUGCUGGCCCGCGGUUGAUGAGGUGCAUCCAUGAUACCACCUCUCUUGAGUCGAAGCUCUGGUUCAAAGAGCCUCUUGUUGAGAAACACGAGACCACUAUCAAAGAGCUGCAUCGACGGAUUCAACAAUGCCAGCCUGAAGACCCAGAAACGAACGUACUUGCAAAGCUCCAUCAUGAAAUAUUCAAAAUAGGAGCUUUAAUACAUUUCCACAGGCGCAUCCUCAACUUCCAUCCACGUGCUCUUUUGCCCUAUGUCACGCUCAUGCUCGAUGCGAUUGAACAGUAUCUAACUCUGAACGGAGGAUAUAUCGCACUUUGGCCUGUGUUCAUUGGUGCCGUUGAGGUCUUCGAAGAGUCGCACAAGAGCCGUGUAAGAACUUGGCUGAGUAGAGCGGAUUUGAUGGGCGCAGCAAAUCGAAAAGACGUGAGAUUGGUUAUCGAAGCUGUAUGGCGAGAACGAAGCCGACUUAGCUGCGUUGACGAAAAGACAGAGGGCGAAACUGUUGUCGACUGGAGGGAGGUAAUCAGGGAUCUGGGCAUAGAAAUUCUGCUUGUAUGAGCCUGACUUGAGAUUAAAUUAUUUGGGGCUCACGAAAGAACUUCAUGGUGUUUUCGCCACCCCUUUUCUGUAAGCCUUGCUAAGGCUGAAGAGUUUUGCCUGCUUGCGCUACGCUCCCAGAAUCUCAUCUUUAACUCACUACGCAGAAGUUUGGGGACGAUGCCCGCAGGAUCUUCUGCUUGUUCUACAACUAACGCUCAGAGACAAAGUCCCAAAGAUCGUGAGGCAUAAUAUAGAGACAGUCGACAUGUCAGCCUCUACUCCUCAUUUCUUGUGGUCCUGGCGAUCAUGAGAACCAGAUGCGCAUGUUUGCUCAACGGGUAGGGCUCCGUGGUAAUGCUCCUUAUUUGAGAUGGACACUGUCCUGAGAAGCUAAGACAAUGUAAAGGAAUUCUUACCAAGUACGGACCAAUAGC